CCCCACCCACCCCCGGAAGUGGUCGCCGAGAGUCGCGAGGUUGGCCAUGAAGUCGUCGGCUGCCGUCUCGGGCGACUCCGGGUCCGGGUCGAGCCCUCGCCGCUGGUCACCCCGUACCGGCCCGGGGUCAAGGGAACCCGCUUGGGACAUCAGUGAGGAUAACGACAGCGACGACAGCAACAACCCAUGGAUUCAGCAGCAGAGCACCAGGAGAGACCGGGCCACAAGUGUGGAGGACACCUUCAUUACCAGGAAACUGCUGGACUCGCUGCUGACAGAGGCGGUGAGUGAGCAUUCCAGUGAGACCUUCGCCUUCAAGCUGCAGGAACUGCAGACGCUGCAGGGCAGGCAGCUCGCGCGUCUGGAGGCUCUGAGCCGUGAGCAGGGACGCCGAGGCUUCAACGGUCAGGCCACGGCCACACCUCGUCAUACAGGCGAUGAAGGCCAUCGCCAAGGCCACGACGGUUGGGGGCAGGAGGCCAAGAAGGAAGGAGAAUCUAUCUGCUCUCGAGACCCACAAAGUCCUCGCGCCAGGUGCUCAGUGGCCCACGAGUCAGAAGACGGUCUCAAUGAGUUUAUGCUGGGAUUGGCAUUUGGGGUGAACAUUUCUGGCACCAGCAGUCACAGAUUCCAGCCGGAACUGCCGAGAGAAAGCUCAUCCCUACACGAUGACGCUCGGUGGAGCAGCCAUUCGUUGGAGGGAGGGAGCAGCUCAGAUGAGCAUGGAGAGGACCUGAAUGUGAAGCGCCGUGCUGAAGGCAGAGACGGUGUUCCUUCGCUUCUCCACCACAUGUGGGAGGGGUUCAGCGUCGAUGAUUACGCGCCCUGCGAGAAGCCAGAGCGUGUCCGAACCACGUCCGAGUCGUCUACAUCAGUGAGUACAAAAUCUGCUGCAAAGGUAUCGUGCAACAAGCACAGAAAAUUACAUCUUCAAAUAUGUUGUUUAAUUGAGUGGAAAAUAACUUUUGACAUCUUACAUAAGUAUUCAAAGCAGAGAUUUUAUGAGCGUUUUGAAAUCAUCUGCCAGAAACCGAUGGAGUGGACACCAAAAAUCACGAUACCCGAGCCCUUCGGUAUGACGGUUCGGGAGGAGGAGAGGAGGCGGCACGGGGUGAAGUCUCGCUCGGCCCGUCGUCUGGAGAAACUCGUGCAAGAGCAAAAAAAGCAAGAAGCGGAGCUGGAAGCCCUGAGAAAGAAACAAUUCCGAGCCACUCCGGUGCCAGCUCACACUUUUAAGCCGCUGUUCACUGCGAUGCACCAAGACAACCGCCAACCAAAUAAAAAAUCUAACACAGCCUCGCGGGAUGACAGAUCAACGACAAAGAUGCAGCAGGCAGAGGUGACGGGCAAAGGAGGAGACACAGGGGAGCAGCGUGGAUUUAAGGCCAAGCCUGUGCCACGCAGCGUGUACGACCCCGCAGUUGCCGAGCGGAUCAGGGAGGAGGAGCUGUACCGGCGAAUUCGCAUGCGCGUGCGAGCAGACGAGACCCUGAGAGAGUCGGCGCUGCCGGGCGGCAUGGCUCGCCGUGCAGCCUCUACCAAGAGGGCUCGUCAUGCCUGCUACACAAAAAGCAAGCAGAGGGACCAGUCCAAGCCCUCCAUUCCAACAGCAGCCAGUUCCAUACAAAUACACAGGGAAACUCCUAAGGAUCUGCUCCAGAAGAAUAACUUCAGUGAAGUGACCAUAGGUCACAAUGGCAACACUCGAACGGAAACUCUCGUGGGAGCCCACAUGCCGGGCGUUCACAUCGUGUUUGAGGAGGAGAGUCAGGACGACUCCGAUUCAGGACGUCGGUCGAGUGCAUCGUCAUCAUCCAGUGUGGCAGAUGACCCCACGCAACACGGGGGACCCGCACAGCGUUGGCCCCUCACUCCCUCGCAGGGGGGUGGUGGAGUGCGGGUUGGAUCCCGGUCCCGUGGCGUGGCCAAACACAGGGACAAGCGGAAUUCAUUGUCGCUCAGUGAUGAGUGGGACAGCGACUACACUGAAGACCACAAGAGGGUCACACGGACCGAAGGAAGAAAACAAAGAGGCCAGCUCGGAUUCCACCCCUCCCAGAAUGAGCGCUCCAUCUCUUGGGAGGAUGGAUAUUUACGCAAGGACAUAAGACAAUGACAUCCAGAAAAAAAAUAUUUCCCGUACAGUUAGAACAGUUUCUUAGCUGGUCUAAAAUGGUAUCAUCCAUUAUUUUACAGUUUUUUUGAGACAGCAAGUUGAAUUGCGUGGUUGCCGUUGGCAACCUUGCUGUAUGCUUAAAAUUUUCAACUAAAAAGCUUGAGUGAUGAACAGCACUGACAGACGCAUUACACCUGAUGUUGGUGAGAACUUAGGACGUGUGUGUCGCCAACAUUGGUGGACGUUUGGAGGUUUAUGGAUACAAAUCGUAGGAAAUAAAUCUUCAUCCUACCAAGUCAGUAUGCGUGUGUAUAGUUCAAUUGACCUUGCUCAAAAUGUGUUAAAUUAUAAUUAUUUAAUAGCGAUGAUGAUUUGUUUUUAAUAUUGUGCCGGGGCAUCAAGGUCACCCUUUAUUUUUGUAAUUAGAAGUGAAGUUUUAUAUGUGACGAUGGGUAAAAGUACACCAAAUUUAAUGGUGCUCAAAAACAACCUGCGUACACUAUUUAAAUUGUUUUGUAUUUCAAGAUUUUUGUCAAAUGCAAUUUUACAGAUUGGUAUUAACAUUCCACGUUAAUUUUUGUGCUCAAUGUUUGUCAACACAUUAUAUAUUCAUCUAUCUUAGUAUCUUAGCAAUCUGUGAAAUUUAGCAAUGAAGGUAAGCAACUUGUCUUCACAAAUUGUGCUUGCAGUGUACUUUGUACAACGUCUAACACAAAGAUACAAAACACA